AUGGACAAAUCAUCAUGGGGACGAACUUCCAGUGAAUCAAAGUCUUUCCGCGCAUUACUUCCAUCGGAUGGUUGCCAUCGUUAUACAUUCAAAGAGUUGAAAUUUGCUACAAGUGAAUUUAAUGAAAGUUGUGUCAUAGGCAAUGAAGGGUUUUGUAAAGUAUAUAAAGGGUAUAUGGAGAAGACUAGAAACAAUGUAGCAAUCAAAGAGGUCAACAAAUCAUGCAGUCAACAUUUUAAUGAAUUCCAAACAGAAAUAGCGAUGCUGUCGAAACUACGACAUGUUCAUCUAGUAUCCCUGAUUGGGUACCGUGAUGAGAAUGGAGAGAUGAUACUAGUGUAUGAGUACAUGGCUCAGGGUACUCUACAGGAACAUAUUUACAACACAAACAACCCUCCAUUGUCAUAG